AUGUUUGCCAUAAAGGCGGGUACGAGGUUCAAGAAUUUCAGGAGUCUUGAGCGUAUUUUCGCGACAUUAAAGAACAGGAGUCGUACGAUAAGUGAACUUGGCAAUUCCAAGUCAGUGAUAAAAGUAAAUGACACGGAUGAUGAGGCAAAAAUAACACAUGAGGAUGCAGAGGAGGCUGCGAUUUCGAUAGAAAAAAUAGCAAGAAACAAACUCUCAAAAACUACGAAAACAACAAAUUCUAUCAAAUCUAUAAAAAUUAUUGAUAACAGUCUUCCCGUGUUAUCUUAUAAAGAUGACGAAAAAUACAAGAUAAAGUAUAUUAGCGAUGAUAGAGAGGCAAACGAAUUGAUAGGAAUGAACAGAUCGAAGUUAUUUGGAUUUGAUAUUGAAUGGCGCGUAUUUCCUAAGCCACCAUCUCCUGUCUCAUUAUUACAACUUUGCGACGCGUCCACGAUAUUCUUAUUUCAUGUAGCGCGCAUGCAACGUUUCCCUCGUUAUCUUCAAGAAUUAAUGGAAAAUCCAAUGAUAUUAAAAUUUGGACCAAAUAUAUGUGCAGAUGGAAAGAAACUUUUUCGAGAUUAUGAUAUACAAUGUAAGAGUUUAGUGGAGUUGGGAUCGUUGGGUAUACAAGUAAAGAAGGAUGGAUUCAUCACUCAACGAAAAGUACAAUCAUUGAGAACAUUAGUAGAAGUAUUGUUAGAAAAACAAAUAAUCAAAGACCAAAAAAUUCAGAAAAGCAAUUGGGAUUGUUGUUGGCUUUCUAAACCACAGAUCGAUUAUGCGGCUAAUGACGCUACAUAUCUUUUAGCAGAGAGAAUUUUCGCGUUACAAAGUGAACAAAUCGCGUUAGAUCCGUCGAUCAGUUACGCAAUUGAUCUAUGUGAUAUUGAUCAAGAAACGACAAAAGUCCGAAGAUUUGCGAUGAAGAUUAUUAUUUAA